AUGCAUGAGAAGCCGGGAGAUCUGAAUUUUGCAAAGCUCAAAGAAUUGAUGACCCAUACACUGUCUUCUCGCUUUGAGGUGGGACUGAUCGCUGGUUGGGACUCCACAAUGGGUUUUCCUGCCCUGUAUCGUGUGGACGGCAUUGGUGGUCAUAUCAGAGCAGCUGGCAUAUUGGCCACUGGAUCUGAAUUUAGGCAACUGUACUCUUCUCUGGACCUGAAUCAUUUGAAUUGGUUGAAAAGUAAUUAUCCUGAUGGGAAAUGUGAGCUGGACGAGGUUCUGGACCGCCCGUCUCACUACAGAAACUAUCUCAAUUGGUUUACUUGGUCUACACAUGAAGCUGCAAAGUUGGCCAUAAGAAAGAUAUGCUGGACUGCAGCUAAUGCUGAGCAUGGUUUCGAUUAUGUAACUAUGUUCUCUGUAGGAAGGGGUGGGGCGGAAGUCCUCUUUCCUGGCACACCAGUUGAAGAAUAUGUGCGGAACUGCUCGAGGCCUGCCAGACGUUUCAAGCAUUUGUGGAUUGACCCGCACCAAAAGAGGAAGUAA